ACUAGACUAGAGAGAGAGCGGAAGUUUGGCUGGACUCUGCAGAAGGAGGAGGAGGAGGAGGAGGGUCACUUUGGAGGCAGAGAGGGUCCAGCAUUGCAGCAGAAAGAGCAGCCUUUGGACUGCACUCCAAGAUGGAUUUGGAGAGCAAGAUGAAGAAGAUGGGCUUGGGACAUGAAGAAGGAUCUGGAGCCCCAUGUCUGAAAUGUAAGGAUAAAUGUGAAGGAUUUGAGCUGCAUUUCUGGAGAAAAAUAUGUCGAAACUGCAAGUGUGGGCAAGAGGAGCAUGAUGUUCCCACCAGUAAUGAAGAUGACCGUAAAGUUGGGAAGCUCUUUGAGGAUACCAAAUACACAACCCUAAUUGCAAAACUGAAAUCAGAUGGGAUCCCUAUGUACAAGCGCAAUGUGAUGAUACUGACUAAUCCAGUGGCAGCCAAGAAGAAUGUCUCCAUCAAUACUGUAACUUAUGAAUGGGCACCUCCUGUUCAGAACCAGACCCUGGCAAGACACUAUAUGCAGAUGCUUCCGAAGGAGAAGCAGCCCGUGGCAGGCUCAGAGGGGGCUCAGUACAGGAAGAAACAGUUGGCAAAGCAGCUGCCUGCUCACGAUCAGGAUCCAUCCAAAUGCCACGAGCUGACUCCUAAUGAGGUGAAGCAGAUGGAGCAGUUUGUAAAGAAGUACAAGAACGAGGCACUCGGAGUGGGAGAUGUUAAGCUUCCAAGUGAAGUAGAAGGGAAGGCUGGGGAGAAGAAAGUCCCGGCGAAUGGAGAGAAGGGUACCCCAGCCACUGUAGGAGCCAUGGAAGGCAAGGUGCCUGGACAGAAAGCAUCUCAGUAUUUCUGUUUCCGAUGCAAACUGAACAUGAAAGAGGGUGACCCAGCCGUCUAUGCUGAGCGAGCCGGAUAUGACAAACUCUGGCACCCUGCUUGCUUCGUUUGUUGUACCUGCAGUGAGCUUCUGGUGGACAUGAUCUACUUCUGGAAGAAUGGGAAGCUAUACUGUGGCCGACACUACUGUGACAGUGAGAAACCCCGCUGUGCUGGAUGUGACGAGCUUAUAUUCAGCAAUGAGUAUACCCAGGCAGAAGGUCAAAGCUGGCAUCUGAAACAUUUUUGCUGCUUUGACUGCGAUUGUGUCUUGGCUGGAGAGAUCUACGUCAUGGUCAACGAAAAGCCUAUCUGCAAGCCAUGCUAUGUGAAGAAUCAUGCUGUGAUCUGCCAAGGUUGCCACAAUGCUAUUGACCCAGAAGUUCAGCGUGUGAGUUACAACAACUUCAACUGGCAUGCAACCACAGAGUGCUUUCUGUGUUCCUGUUGUAGCAAGUGUCUUAUUGGCCAGAAGUUUAUGCCAGUAGAAGGAAUGGUUUUCUGCUCUGUGGAAUGUAAGAAAAAGAUGGUGUCCUAAUGGGAAGGAAACAAAACAAAACAACACCCAAGCUUCAUCUUAUUUCCAAGUCCUCUGCAUUUCUACUGUACUGGGGCAUUUUUAAUAAAAAUCAUAACUAUUAUUUGGCAAAUUCCAAAGAUUUUGACAUUAUUGCUUGUGAUUAAAACUUUAAGCACAUCUGUACUCUUCUCCUUUUGAUUACUUGUUCCAAAACAUUGAUGAAAUGUAGGAUUCCUACUAUUUGUUAUGUAAUUUGAAAAGACUAUAUACUUUACAGUAGUCAUUUUCUGUAUACAACAUUUUAAAACCAAAAUAUUUGGUGGCCAUAUUGUAAUUACUGUGCAUUAAAUGGGGAAUCUGUGGCACUUCAGGUAUUAGAUUGUAACUCCCAUCAUCCCUGGCCUUUGGCCAUGCUUUCUUGGACUUCUGGAAGUUGUAAUGUACCAGAGAUUCUGCUACCUUGCCUUAAAUGAAGGACAAAACAUGCUAAUAGCAGGUCCACUAUAUGAAUCUGAUGCUGUACUAUAUAUAAGUGGCAGAAAGCAGAAAGUGUUUAAUUCUUUGUGCAUAGAAAUCUUCUGUGCAUAGCAACUUAGCAUAUCAGGUGAAAUGCUAAGACAGAAUCUUCCUUGUGACAUGUUAGUUUUGUAAAUGCAGAGAGAUUUUAAAAUGUGAAUUAAUAGUUGAAUGCCUUCUGCCUGAAGCAGCACGAUUCAUUGCCUGCUGCCCGUGUACAACAGCCUUCAAAUAGAUUUAGGCUAUUUCUUUAAAAGCCUUCUGACACUCAGCAUUCUAAAAUAUGAGUGCAGCCUUUAAUAUUUGCAAAAGGGGAGGUCCUUCUUUCAUCCAUGGUUUUGAACUGAAUACAUUAAAAAAACAUUUUGGACUGGAUGAUUUUAAAGUUGAAGAUAUGUAGAAAUAGACAUCCUCUUUUUCUUUUGAUCCCUGUAUUUGUCCUGUCAGAUUUUAUAAUCCAGUGUGGUUGGUCCACAAUACCAUGUAGUAAAGUUUAUAUCUCCCAGGACCCUACUACAUGAAUGAACUUAGUACUAUGAACCAGCAACUAUCUUUUCUCCCUACCUUGGUAGGCUAAUUUCCAUGACUUUUAAACCAAUCCUUUUCUGUUCCAGUUCUGAAAUAGUAAUAGCCAAAUUGUGCCAUCCUUUCUGAAGAAUGGGACAUGGGUUGCACAAUUCACCGUGAGUGUUGAAAUCAUGAAGAGAGCAACUCUUUUGCAGGAGCCAUGUAUUGUUAAGUCCACACAAGACCCGGGAGUCAAGUGAUAGAAUAAAAAUAAGCCCCUGAUCUGGUGUGCUCAAUCUCAUGUGAUGCAAACUGCAUAAAUAGGAAAAGUGAUGACUCUGCACUCUGGCCCUGCCAGCUCCAUUGUAUCUUGUCCCUGUUGCUCCUUCCAUGCACUGAAAGGUCAACAUCUUCAGCACAGAAACUGCUAUUCUCGAUUAGAUACCUAUACAGUUUUGAACCUUAAUUAUGCAGGUUUGUAAGUCUUGUGGGAAGAGUACUUGAAUACAUCCAGCUCCUAGUGGCAAUGGUUUCAUGGCAGCACAGAGUUCUGAACAUGAUCAGGGCCGAAUUAAGAAACCUACUGGUGGCUGUCAUGUCAGUAGGGUGGUGAAUCCACCUUAAGUUGGGAGCUGUCUAAUGUCCUGGACAUUAGUGUUCAGACCCUUGGAAUAGGUGUUUGCACCAAAACUCAGUAUGGAUUCCUUACCCCACUGACAUUGAAACUACUAGCUGGUAAUUAUGAAACCUUGAGCUGUGUCAAAGUUAAGGGACUAAAACAGCAUUACUUUAAUGUGUAUUAUUCCAGCCAUUAUGUAAAAUGGGAAAUUUACUAAUUUCUGUCGAGAUCCCACUUGAAAUGUAGCUUGUGCAUGCAUCUGAUGUUGACCAUGCUGUUGGGUUGGGGUGAAGCUGCUCUAAUAAAUUAUUUGUCUUCCCUUUCCACUCUUAUAUUCUAGCAUAUAUGAGUGGAAGUCACUGCAUUGUGGCUAAAGUUGUUGGUUAAAAUGUGGUUGUUGUUUUUUAAGGUCCAAGCACUUGGCACAUGUCUCUCCCAUCAGAACCACAGUGGUGUUUCCUUAGCAUUGUGCCUUAAUUUCAGUACAAUUCCAGUUUUACAGAAGGUACCUCCAAAUCCUCAUCCUUAUGAGACCUAGAAAUAAGACCUGUAUUUGUUGUUAGAGCAUAUGGUAUGUCUACAAACAGUUAAAAGUUCAAUCUUAACAUCUCCAGAUAGGACUGGGAAGAUUUGUUGUGUGGGAGCAACUGUCGGUCAAUGUAAAGACACUCUGAACUAGAUGGACCACCAGUGGUACAUGUUGCUAUCGCUUUACACUGAAUGUAAGAAGAUACCUAGAAAAAUGAACUGAGUGCUGGGAGAAAGGAAGACUGUUGGCUUUGUAAACUAUGCAAUCUCUUUCAGUCCAGCUUUUCUAAGCCUAAAGAUAUCUGUAUACCUAAAGUUACUACUCUCUAAUAAAACAAUUUUCUUAAACUA